CAGCCUUCCACAAAGGCAACGAGACAACAAGGUGCUCCCACCCACACCUCGCAUUUAAAGGCGUUGCUGCCGGCCUCGAUCACCACCGCUGAAAGGUAUUGUCCACAAACGCCGACGAGGUCGGUUAUCGUCAAGCUGUAGUUUCAUUUCAGCAACGCAGUGCCUUUAUCCAGGCACCUUACCCUCCCAUUCGGAGGGCACUCCAACUCCAAGUCCUGCCCGGGCACAAGGAGUCGUCACACUUUCACAAUGGCGUCCUCCAUCAUUCCCUCACGGGCCAUUAUCCCGUUUCUAGUCGCCAUGAUGUUGUUUACCGGCGUCUGCAACACGCUCUUGACCAAGUAUCAGGACAACCAAUGCGUCGUCAACUGCUCAGACCCGGACCCCAAGAGACGCAAGCACUUUGAGCAGCCCGUGAUCCAGACGCUGCAGAUGUUUAUCGGCGAGAUGGGCUGCUGGCUCGUGGUGGGGAUUAUGGCGCUGUACAGACGCUUCUUCCCCCGGUCGUCGACCACCACCGUCUCCUACCAGCCCGUGCGCACCACGCCCGACGAUGACGACGGCACCGCCGCAGACAACGCCAGCAUCCGCUCCACCACGGCCCUCACCAGCGCAGGCAACAACAACGACAACACCUACCACAACCCCGCAACCUCCAUCUGCAAAAACCACGACCACCCGUCGGUCCUGCGCGGCUGGCGCGUGUGCCUCCUGGCGCUCCCCGCCAUCUGCGACAUAUUGGGCACGACCCUGAUGAACGCGGGCCUGCUGCUGGUGGCGGCGUCCAUCUACCAGAUGACGCGGGGCGCGCUGGUGCUGUUUGUGGGCCUGUUCAGCGUCAUCUUUUUGCGGCGGCACCUGCACGCCUUCCAGUGGCUGUCGCUGGUGGGCGUGGUGGUGGGCGUGGGCCUCGUGGGCCUGGCGGGCGCCAUCCAGCCUGACAAGAAGCCCGGAGUCGUGGACGGGGCUGGCUCCGGGGUUCACCCCGAUGCGCUGAGCGUCAUCAUUGGCGUCUUGAUGAUUGCCGGCGCACAGAUCUUCACGGCUACCCAGUUUGUCCUCGAGGAGUGGAUCCUUGAGAGGUCUGCUAUUGAGCCCAUCAGGGUGGUCGGGUGGGAAGGCCUGUUUGGGUUUCUCGUGACGCUGCUGGGUAUGGUCAUCCUGCAUCUUGCCAUCGGCCGGACCCCGGGUGGAAAGGGCGGGCCAUUUGACAUGGUGGAAGGGUGGCGGCAAUUUUGGGAGUACAAGUCGGUGUUUGUCUCGAGCAUUCUCAUCAUGAUCAGCAUUGGGGGCUUCAACUUCUUUGGCCUCUCGGUCACCCGCAGCGUCAGCGCCACCUCACGCUCCACCAUCGACACUUGCCGCACCCUCUUCAUUUGGAUCGUCUCGCUCGGCCUGGGCUGGGAGACUUUCAAGUGGUUGCAGGUGGUUGGCUUCGUCCUGCUCGUCUACUUCACCUUCCUCUUUAACGGCAUCGUCCAGCCGCCGUUUAAGUUCCUCCGCGUCAAGGAGGUUGAGGAGCUGCUCCCUGAGGAGCCGAUUGAGCACAACUAGGCGUCGUGCUGUCUCUGUACAUACUUGGCUCUGUAUGUGUGCAUACACUCGAUAGUGGACGCGUAGGAGUUGAUACACUUGGUCAGGUUACAUGUCAUCAGAUUGACGGCGUUGCGGGUGGGGUGAAUCUGGAGUCACAUCAUUGGAUCUGGGCAUAUCGGAAGGGUAUCAUUUUGCUCUUUUCAUCUCUACAGAGCUAGAGUUUUCACUGUACUGGCCCAGCGGAGUCAUUGGCGCAAGGGAAUCAAUCUAAUGUCACUGCCAAAUCCUGUUCACC